UUCUUCAGCUCCUCUUCCUAACGGGAGAAUGGGAAGGCCACGCCCCUCACAAGAUGUCACAGGCUAAUGACAUCACAGAGGCCCGGCUGAGCAGGCCCAGUCUGAUGCUGAAACCCUUGGAGAACAAGAAGUACCUGUUCGCUGACCACAGCUGUCACUUCCUGUUGGAUAACAUUGCCGGGAUGCCCAGACUCUAUGAGCUGAUCAAGCUAAGAAACCAGGAAGGUAAAGGUGACCCCAUGAAAAGUCUGCUACUGGCUGUAAACUUCAGGUCAGUUUUAUUUGACAAGGUCACACAAUGCAUUGUUCAGAUGAACAUUUGUUAUGAGUGAACAAAACCAGCAUAGAAAUGAGUGGAGA